UUCAAAAACAUAAUCUUCUCUUGGCCGACAUUCAACAAGCCUGUGCAUGUCACACACUUUAACGAUAGUUUUAAAGCAGGGGUGUUUGUAUCGUAUAUGACCAUAUACCAUCUUAACGCUUGAACAUAUCGACUACAAAAACAUGAAUCCCGAAUACGACUAUCUUUUCAAGCUCCUUCUCAUCGGUGACUCCGGUGUGGGUAAAUCAUGCCUGCUGCUCCGUUUCGCUGACGAUACCUACACAGAAUCCUACAUCUCCACCAUUGGUGUGGACUUCAAGAUCCGCACAAUCGAGCUUGACGGAAAGACCAUUAAACUGCAAAUCUGGGACACUGCUGGCCAGGAGCGUUUCCGCACAAUCACAUCUAGUUACUACCGUGGCGCCCACGGUAUCAUCGUCGUAUACGACGUCACGGACAACGAUUCUUUCAACAACGUAAAGCAAUGGAUGCAAGAAAUCGAUAGAUACGCCAGUGAUAACGUAAACAAGCUACUGGUUGGUAACAAGAGCGAUUUGACCACAAAGAAAGUCGUAGAAUAUACUCAGGCUAAGGAACUUGCUGAUCAGCUUGGUAUUCCCUUCCUGGAGACCAGUGCCAAGAAUGCCACAAAUGUAGAGCAGGCUUUCAUGACCAUGGCUGGAGAGAUCAAGAGCAGAAUGGGUGCUUCGGCUGUCGGUCAGAAGGGAGACAAGGUGACACUCGGUCCGUCGCAGACCGUUACCCCACAAGGAGGAGGUUGCUGUUAAUUCUUAUGGCGCGCAAAAGAUCCCGUGUAGAAGGACUACCAGACGGUGGCAUAUGCUGUAUGGCUGAGCAUGUACACAUGUACACAAGCGGCUAUGUUCCGCUACAUAUAUGAUAUAUAUAUUUAUAUAAUGUAUAUGGGGAGUGGGGAGCUCGAAGGCUGUGUACGCCAUGGAGAGGGGAAGUGGGUAGACACUUGUAAAGGGAAUCUUAUAUAUAUACAUAGUACGUACUCGACCGACUCUCUACCUGUGGUACUGCCGGGCGUUAUGGGGGGACACGGAUGUAUGUAAUAUCAACAGUAAGUGCCUGGAUGAACUCAGAUGCUUGGUGUUUACGUGCACAAACAUAAUAAAGCCUGCCUAUGCGCGUUUUGGGA